UCCCUGUUCAUUUAUAGUGGACUUUUUCUUUUUAAGAAAUAAUUUAUUCGAGUCACCGAAAUGGGCGGAGGAGGAGUCAUGAGGGCGGUUGGAAAGGUCUCCGGCGUCGGAAUUCUGAACUCCAACCUUCGUGGUGGUGUUCACGUUUCUCCACCGGCCCCCGAGAAAUCUGUUAUGCGUGUCGCUGCCGCGACUCGGUCGGCUUCUUCGUCUCAGAUUGCUUAUUCUAGUGAAGGGGCUUCGUCUGUUUCCGACAAGACAGCGUCGGCCAAUCAAAAGUCAUCUUGGGAGUUGGUGGAUGACUGGGAAUUUGCCGGUGGUGUUGAACAGGAGGUGGCCUCGGAAGGGCCGACCUCCGCCUACGGCAGAGGCGAGCCGAUUGCUCGGGUGCUGUUUGGUGGCGUCCCAAGCCUGGAGGAGACUCGAGAAGCCACUGCUGAUUUGAAAGAUGCACUGGACAAGGUUUAUCCGUCAUCUUCGAUCGACGGUGGUGCUGGUCAGGCGUCUGGUGUUUCAUCGCUUUCAAGCUCCGAGGAGACCAAAGAUUGUGUAGCUUAUAAUGUUGGAGCCAUUUCAGCACCACAAUCAGCUUUUCAGGCAUUCAAGUUGCUCAAUGAGAAUCCUGCAGUUCAGUCUGUUGUUGCUUCCAUCGCCGCUGAUCCGAAUGUAUGGAAUGCUGUCCUGACCAAUUCAGCUUAUAUGGAUUUCAUCAAAUCCCAGCAGAGCUACGAUAAGUUCGAAUAUCAGGUAUCUCCCGGGAGUUCUGAAUCUUCAGUGAAGAUAGAGGAAUAUAAAGACAGCGAUGGUGGAGAUCCAUUUUCAGAUUUUCUACAGAAAAUCAAGACUAGCGUGGUGGAGAUGGUGAGUAAAGCGACUAAUUUCCUCCAUAGCCUCUUUACUUUACCCCCAUCGGAAAAGGUGAAAGAAAAUGCCGGGUCGAACGGUAUGGAUAAGACAAUCGGAGCUAGCUUGUUCGGAUUGGCAGUUAUGGUUAUUAUGGUGGUGGUUCUGAAAAGAGCGUAGAAUAUAAAAUUUUCAUAUCACACUGUGAAGUGAAUUUGCUGAUAUUACAGACUCAAACUUCCUCUGGUUUUUAUACAGUCAUGGAUGAAUGACAAUGAUGAUGAACAUUAGCAUACUACUUCCUCAUCA